UGCUUAACCCUCUCUCCCUCUUUCUCUAGAAGGCACUUUUCUCUCUCUUAGGGUUUGUUCGGUACAGUGUCUAUUAGCGUUUAAUCACUCUCAGGCCUCUGCGCUACUUCGCCAGUGCUCCUGUUGGAUAUGGCGGCUGAUAGACUUAGAGAUUUGAGCCAGCCUAUUGAUGUCUCCUUACUCGACGCUACAGUCGCUGCUUUCUAUGGCACCGGAUCUAAAGAAGAGAGGGCUCAUGCAGAUCAGAUCUUGCGAGACAUGCAAAAUAAUCCAGACAUGUGGCUCCAAGUUGUGCAUAUCCUACAACAUACAAAGAGCCUGAAUACAAAGUUCUUUGCCUUGCAGGUUCUUGAAGGUGUUAUCAAGUAUAGGUGGAAUGCUUUACCUGUUGAACAACGAGAUGGAAUGAAAAAUUACAUUUCUGAAGUGAUCGUUCAGUUAUCAAGUAACGAGGCUUCUUUUCGAUCAGAAAGGCUUUAUGUCAACAAGCUGAAUAUCAUAUUGGUUCAGAUUUUAAAGCAUGAUUGGCCAUCUAGAUGGCGGAGCUUUAUUCCUGAUCUUGUUGCAGCAGCAAAAACUAGUGAAACGAUUUGUGAGAAUUGCAUGGCAAUAUUGAAACUUCUAAGUGAAGAAGUUUUUGAUUUCUCAAGGGGAGAAAUGACCCAACAAAAGAUCAAAGAGCUUAAGCAAUCACUUAAUAGUGAGUUUCAACUCAUUCAUGAGUUAUGCCUAUAUGUACUAUCAGCGUCGCAAAGACCUGAACUCAUAAGAGCGACACUCUCCACGUUGCAUGCUUUUCUUUCUUGGAUCCCCCUUGGCUAUAUUUUUGAGUCUCCAUUGUUGGAAACGCUUCUCAAAUUUUUUCCCACACCUUCAUAUCGAAAUCUUACCCUCCAAUGUUUGACUGAGGUUGCAGCCUUAAAUUUUGGGGACUACUACGAUGUUCAAUAUGUUAAGAUGUAUUCUAUAUUUAUGGUCCAGUUGCAGCCUAUUCUUCCACCCACUACAAACAUCCCUGAAGCUUAUGGUCAUGGAAGCAGCGAGGAACAGGCAUUUAUUCAGAAUUUGGCACUGUUCUUCACUUCAUUCUACAAGUUCCAUAUUCGGGUAUUGGAAACCUUACAGGAGAAUAUAUCUGCACUGUUGAUGGGUCUUGAAUAUCUCAUUAACAUAUCAUACGUAGAUGACACAGAAGUGUUUAAGGUUUGCUUGGACUAUUGGAAUUCCUUGGUAUUGGAGCUCUUUGAUGCGCAUCAUAAUAUUGAUAAUCCUGCAGUAACAGCAAGCUUAAUGGGGCUGCAGCCAAUGCCCAUGCUUCCUGUCAUGGUUGAUGGUCUUGGUACCCAGCUUAUGCAGCGACGCCAGCUUUAUGCUGGUACAAUGUCAAAAUUGAGAAUGCUUAUGAUUUGUCGAAUGGCUAAGCCUGAAGAGGUUCUGAUAGUUGAAGAUGAAAAUGGGAAUAUUGUUCGUGAAACUAUGAAGGACAAUGAUGUCCUUGUUCAGUACAAGAUAAUGCGGGAGACACUGAUUUACCUAGCACACCUUGAUCAUGAGGAUACUGAAAAGCAGAUGCUGAAGAAGUUAAGUAAACAACUGAGUGGUGAGGAUUGGACAUGGAACAAUCUGAACACAUUAUGUUGGGCAAUUGGGUCCAUCUCUGGUUCGAUGAUGGAAGAACAGGAAAACAGGUUUCUGGUGAUGGUCAUUCGUGAUUUACUGAAUCUAUGUGAGAUUACUAAAGGAAAAGAUAACAAAGCUGUUAUUGCAAGUAACAUUAUGUAUGUCGUUGGACAAUAUCCAAGAUUCCUCAGAGCACAUUGGAAGUUUCUGAAAACUGUUGUCAAUAAGCUGUUUGAGUUCAUGCAUGAAACCCAUCCUGGAGUUCAGGAUAUGGCCUGUGACACUUUCUUGAAAAUUGUUCAGAAAUGCAAGCGAAAGUUUGUUAUUGUACAGGUUGGCGAAAGUGAACCAUUUGUUUCUGAACUUCUAUCAGGUCUUGCGACAACUGUUGCUGAUCUUGAGCCUCACCAGAUUCAUAUGUUUUAUGAAGCUGUUGGUCAUAUGAUUCAUGCAGAAUCUGAUCCCCAGAAGAGAGAUGAAUACUUGCAGAGAUUGAUGGAACUUCCUAAUCAGAAAUGGGUUGAGAUCAUUGGACAGGCACGUCAGAGUGUUGACUUUCUUAAAGACCAGGAGGUGAUUAGAACUGUGCUAAAUAUACUACAGACAAAUACCAGUGUGGCUAGUUCCCUUGGGACAUACUUUUUAUCCCAAAUUUCUUUGAUCUUUCUGGAUAUGCUUAAUGUAUACAGAAUGUACAGUGAGCUUAUAUCAAGUAGCAUUGCUGAAGGUGGACCCUAUGCAUCAAAAACAUCAUAUGUGAAACUUUUGCGAUCUGUUAAGAGGGAGACACUUAAGCUCAUUGAGACAUUUUUGGACAAGGCAGAAGAUCAACCACAAAUUGGAAAGCAAUUUGUGCCCCCAAUGAUGGAUCCAGUUCUAGGUGAUUAUGCAAGAAAUUUGCCUGAUGCCAGAGAAUCUGAAGUUCUGUCGCUUUUUGCUACAAUAAUAAACAAGUAUAAAGCUGCAAUGAUUGAUGAUGUCCCUCGCAUAUUUGAAGCUGUUUUCCAAUGCACACUGGAGAUGAUAACCAAAAAUUUUGAAGACUACCCAGAACAUCGCCUCAAAUUCUUUUCAUUACUCCGUGCAAUUGCUACUCAUUGUUUUCCUGCACUUAUUCGGCUGUCAAGUCAGCAAUUAAAGCUUGUUAUGGAUUCAAUCAUUUGGGCUUUUCGGCACACAGAAAGGAAUAUUGCAGAAACUGGUCUAAACCUUCUAUUGGAAAUGCUGAAGAACUUUCAGGCUUCUGAGUUUUGUAACCAAUUCUAUCAAACAUACUAUUUGACAAUUGAGCAAGAAAUAUUCGCUGUCUUGACAGACACAUUUCACAAGCCUGGCUUCAAGCUGCAUGUUUUAGUUUUACAACACUUAUUCUGCUUGGUUGAGAGUGGAUUAUUGACGGAGCCUUUGUGGGAUUCUGCAACAGUUCCUUAUUCUUGUCCAAAUAAUGGAAUGUUUGUUCGGGAGUACACCAUAAAACUUCUGAGUACAUCAUUCCCCAACAUGACUGCAGUAGAGGUCACUCAAUUUGUGAAUGGUCUAUUUGAGUCAAGAAAUGAUCUCUCAACAUUUAAGAAUCAUAUAAGAGAUUUUCUUGUCCAAUCAAAAGAAUUUUCAGCUCAGGACAAUAAAGAUCUAUAUGCAGAGGAGGCUGCUGCUCAGAGGGAGAGAGAGCGACAGCGAAUGCUUUCAAUUCCGGGUCUUAUUGCCCCCAAUGAGAUACAAGAUGAGAUGUUGGAUUCAUAGAUGUGGCUACUAAUGUCUUGGAUACUAAUUAUAUGAAUUUUGACCUGAGUUUUUAAGGUUGCGCCUCAGAGAUCCCAGUAUCCAUCUGAACAGAUAUCAGCAUUUUCCUGUACUGUCUUUCUUCAUCCCAAAAUUUACAUUUCAUUGAAAUGAUGAAUGCACUAGUCGCCCUUUGCACGAGGGUUUGGUGCUUGAGAUGCUGCUUAUGUGUCUAUUGACAGUGUGUAGAAUUGUUAGUUGUUGACAUAGGAAUUAUCCAGUCAUUCUAGGGCACUUAUUGGGUGUCUUGAGGUUCCAGCUUGUUUAAAUGGCAUUAGAAUAUAUUUGUUUAUUCAUAUGUGAAGGAAUGCUAACCUCGGUGGCUGUGCAUAAAUUCUUUUGGACCUUUAUUUAGUGUAUAAUGUGGAUGAGAUUUUGUUUUCUGUGGAAAGGGCUUCUUAUUGCGGCUAAACAUAAAUUUGUGUUCUCAAC